AAAUAAAAAUAAAUAAGUCGGUGCACAAAUAAUUGUACAGGUGAAAUGUGUAAACCAGCCAGUGCAGAAGCACUGAAGUGCAUCAAUAACUGAAUAAAUAAGUAAACAGGCAAAUGAAUGCAUAUAUAAGCAUGAUAAUAAAUACAUAAAUAAAUAAGUGCAUCAAUAAGAUGAGCAAUAAAUAAGCUCAUAAAAAGUGUGGUAAUAAAUAAGUGCAUAAAAACGUAGGCAAAUAAAUAAAUAAGUGCAUAAAUAAGCGACCUGCAGAGGGACACGAGUCCCCGUAAUGUCAGUGUGUGACUGAUGGCCCCUCACAGUCAUCUAAACAAGUUUAAAAGCUUACUCGUAACAUCAUUUUUAUCUCCAGGGCAACGACUCCUCUCCACCAGUCCAACCCUGCGUCUCCAUGGUGACGCCCAUCUCCGUGCCUGUCCAGUCCAGAGGCGGGUCCAGGGCGUGUCGGGGUGGACAGAGGAGAUGUAGUCGCCGGUCUCCAAUCACUGGAGGCGCUGUGUCGCUCUACCGCAGCCUGCUGCGCCAAGAGGAAGAGGAGGCUGCGGACGGUGAAGCAGGCGAUGGAGCGGUUGCCGGGGGCGACGGUGCACACUACAAGCCUCCGCCGAUGCUGUGCCCCCUCAGGCCGGGGCCGGGGCUGUACUGCUCCCUCGCCACCAGGAGGCAGCAGAGAGUGCAGACAGUGCAGCUACACAACACACGCGAUGGACCCGGUGACCUCGUUGCCAUGGAGACAGACUCCCCUCCUCCAGGGACACUAAUCAAUAAGCCACGGAUCAACGAGGGGCGGGGCUUCCAGGCUGACAUCCCGUCGCUGAGAGACCGAAAACACGCCCACGCAGACUCCCACAAUGCACUGCUGCUGUGGAUGCCGUGGGACGAGCUGGAACGUCCUGUCAUCCAACAGAGAGUGGAAGCUCUGCUGUCGAUGGCUCGCUCCAGUGUGGUGCCAGGGGGCGGGGCCAGUGCAGAGUCCGCCCUCCACGUCCUAUCAGAGUGCAGAGGAGACUUCCUGCUGACGGUGGAGAAGCUGCUGUCGACUCCCGAGACCGCCGACCGCCACACGAGUCAACGGCAUCCAG